UUGUGUCUCGUGCAUAUCACGAAUCCCCAAUCUGUACGUGAAAAAAAAAUGUUCCUUAAUUAGUGUCGCACGUCCCCCCGCGAGUUUCACUCGAAAAUUCCGAGAACAAAACCUCCCCGGGAUGGCAGUGUCGGUGAACGGCUUCCAAUCCCCCCAAAAGUGUCGAAAGCUCCGAGUAUUUAGGUGAGUUGUUGUUGUCGAAAGCUUGCCAACCGUGUAAUUUGACACAUCCUCCCUACGCGAUGAAAGUUUCCAAUCGAAAUCGAAGUAGUGUCGUUAGAAUUCCUGUCUCUUCCCAUUGAAUCAUCACGCGCAUUGUAUGAUAAUGAGCCCAAAGCACACCGGAAGUUUCAAGGCUCUUGGAAGUGGAUAGACCGCUGAAUAAUCCACCUCUCGGUUCACUCCAAAUGCGCCAGUCCAACUGGUUUCGGUGCAGCAUUUUUUUUCAUACUCAAUUCCCCGGAGAAACUCGUUUUAAUCCGCAAUUUAUGCGGUUACAAUUCCAGUGAAAUGAUCUGAUAUUUCGGGUGUGGAUCGCUUGAGUCAUGGCCAGGAGCCAGAAAUACGGCAACGAAACGCUGGACGCGUUGAACAAAGGCUGCUUGGAUACCUACGAUGCUGUUGCAUGUGGACGUAUCAGUAUACUCGUUGUUAUUAGUGCAGUAACUUGUUUCUUUGCUGUACUCAAGAUUGUUAAGUACCAUGCCUACAAGCACCCGCAGAUGCAUCACUACGUUAUUUUUUAUGUGUCUGUCAUCCAGUGUUUUGUCUGUGCUGCCAGUGCAGUAUUUGGCAUUCGUUACCCCCAACUGGACUUUGCUCCGAGUUUCCUGAAACUCCUGCAGUUCAUUCUGAUCUGUCAUCUCCACUGGUCAGUCGCUGCCAGGUCCAGACAUAGGGAUGACAUCGUUCAGCACGUUGUCAAUCCCGUAUUGUGUCUUUACAUGUUGUACUGCACUACUGUUGUCCUCAUGGGCAUGGUGGACAUCAGUGGAACAUGGACAGAGUGUCUACGUCCCUACUGGCUGAUGCUGUCAAGCGCAGACUUCCUCGCCGUCCAAGUGUUCGCAGUAGUGGCUCUGUACCUCACCCACAACAGCGAGCACACAAUAUCCACCUUAAUGCUACCAGCCGUGAGUUCACAAACGCGAGACUUGUGGCUCGUCACAGCUGUUUACGAAGUUUCAGCUGUUGUUUCAGUUGUUUUUGACGCAGUAAUGUCGUUCAUGGGUAGAGAGGAGUCUGGCUGCAGUGGAAUCUACGGGCAUGUGCAGAUUUACUACAGCCUGGUCAUGUCCACUGUCCUAGGGCUCAAGUAUUUCCUGCCCAUGUGGACACUCCUCUGCGUUUUCCAGCCGUCGAGGGUGAAAUCGAGGCCCUCAGAGGUGGCACUCACCUCGCAUUACAACACUGAUGGCACCUGUUACAAUCAGUACAGGAGAAUGUUCUUUAAUCAGAAUGGAAAUCCUGGGAAUGUCCAGUAUCCGGCCAUUCCCUACCCCUCGGACUCGCCCAUUUACGGCAGUUUCGGUGACUUUUCUUACACUGACAGCUCGCCAGACAUCUCCCCGAGCAUCGGACGCUACUGGCCUGGGAUGGAGGACGAGAAUCAAGGGUCCUACGAGAAGCACUUCGUGAAUGAUGGGAAACAAAACCUGGAGACUCAGUAUCGCAUCGAUCAGAAUCGUCAGAAUCUCGAGAACAGUCUCAGGAUGCACGAGGCUGAUGACAAGAAAUCCCAGAAGAAUAAUCUUACUACGAUUAAUGAAGAGACUGGAAACAUGAUGGAGAGCCCACGAGACUGACGAUCAUUCUAAGGAAAUUCCAGCUUUUCGAGGUUGAUAUUUGUUUGUGGUAACUACGUGUAGGAAAUAUUGCGUAGAAAAACCUAGCGGAUUCGGGAGGAAAUUCCUUUCUUUUAGCUUUAAUACAAAUGUUUAAUGGAAUAUUUUUUAUGGAAGAAAAUCAGGGGAAUUUGUUUUUGUCGUAGAAGUUUUCUAAUGGGGUAUUUUCUGUAAAAAUUCCUCGAUGUAAAUUUUAUGAGUUUUUUUUCGAUUGAUUUUUUAGGGAAAAGAGAAGA